AUGUGCGGGGAAAUGGGUAAAGCUGUUCUCAGGGCGCUGACGGGAGCGUUACUUUGUGGAUUGGUUUCCGAUGCAGCAUAUUUACAACAAUACGAGCCGUACCAAGUACAAUACCAGCAAGCCCUAUACCGGAAACCAUUGAGGGAACACGAGAAGCCACAGGAUCUCCGCAACGUGCCAGGAAUACCAGGGGUGGACUAUCCAAUUUACCACGAGGUUCCCGAGACCAGAUUCUCAUGCGCUCACGUUCCUGUUCAUCCAGGAAUGUAUGCUAAUGUGGAAACUGGAUGUCAGGCUUACCACGUAUGCCACGAUGGGCGGGAAGGUCAUCAGGGCGCUUCGUUCCUGUGCACCAAUGGAACACUGUUCGAUCAGACCAAGUUCGCCUGCGACUGGUGGUACAACGUGGAUUGUUCACAGGCUAUUCAGCAUUACAGAUUAAACGCUGAUCCAUUGAAAAACCCAUACGUACCAAAACCCAAGCCCGAAGAAAAGGAAUAUGCCCAAGGAAUUUAUUAUAGAAAAGUUUAA